AUGGCUUCCCAGGUCAAUGACAGCCAAGUGGAAAGUUCAUCCCCUUCAUUGACGGCGACAGGAAAGCAGGCGGGAGAUAUUGUUCCAGCAAAUAACACAGGCGAUGAAACAUCAUGUCGGCCCACAAACCAAGAUUUGAAAGAGCUUGUUCAUGUCGCCGACAACGUUCCCUACCCAGUUUGGCUGGUCAUUCUGGUCGGAUCAGCCGAGAGAUUCGUCUUCUAUGGCGCCUCGACCUGCCUGCAAAACUACUUGCAGAACAGCCCAAAUGAUCUCAUUCCUGGAGUUCUCGGGAUCGGGCAGUCGGACGCCACUGCUGUGAACUAUGCGUUCAUGGUGUUGGUUAACUUUGCACCGGUGCCGCUGGCGGUGGUGGCCGAUGGUUGGCUGGGGCGAUAUAAGCUGAUUUUGCUAAGUACAGUCAUCUACCUCGUUGGGUCUCUCAUUCUUUUUACGACAGCUCUACCUUCGGCUCUACACCAAGCAGGCGUGUCCGCCGCAGGGCUUGGUGUGUCUCUUGUCUUGAUCGCGCUUGGCAUAGGCGGCGUGAAAGCCUCGAUUUAUCCCUUUAUCGCGGAUCAAUACCCCCAUCAUGAGCCGUUCAUUCGCGAGCUCCCGUCCAGAGAACGGGUGGUUGUGGACCGAUCUCUCACGAUACAAUACAUGUACAAUUGGUACUUCUGGUGCGUCCGAAAACCAUAUCUCCAUGAUUCCAGGUAUACAAGCAGGAAGGCUAAGAAUGGAUAUUCAUUCAGGUUCAUUAAUGUCGCCUCUUUGUCUGGGAUAGCCACCACCUUUAUGGAAAAAUAUUCGAGCUUUUGGUCUGCCUUUUUACUCUGCUUCUGCUUUCUAUGGGUGGGACUGGUUCUUAUGUUGGUCUUCAAAAAUAAAUACUACAAAGCGCCUCCCGCAGGCUCAGUUGUUCCGAAAGUGUUGCGAGUCAUUUGGCUCGGGAUUCGAGGUGGUAUGUCACUCAACGCCGCCCAGCCGGCAGUACAACAGGAAAAGUACGGUCGCCAGGUUCCGUGGGAUGAUGAAUUCCUGAAGGGAGUCCGCGAUGCCCUCAUAGCGUGUCAAAUCUGGUGGGUUCCUAAUUUGCAGCCCAUUCUCCGCAAGCUAACAUUUCCCAGUCUCGCAUUCCCAAUUGUCUGGCUCUGCUGGGGACAAACAUACAAUAACUUGAUCUCGCAAGCCGGUCAAAUGGAAACUUACGGGAUCCCCAACGACGUGAUGCCUAAUUUUAACCCUAUUGCCUGCAUCAUCGCAGGACCACUGAUCCAACAAUGCCUGUUUCCCUUUCUCAAUCGCCGCAAAAUUCCGUUUCGCCCCAUUGCUCGUAUUUCCGUCGGUUUCUUCCUCAUGGGUGCCUCUUUGGCCUGGGCGACUGGCCUCCAGGCCUUUAUCUACCGCGCUGGGCCGUGUCCUGACUAUCCCCUGGCCUGUCCGGAUUCGAAAAACGGCGCCAUCCCGCAGCAUAUCAAUGUGUUUCUGCAGGUGCCGUGUUAUGUGCUUAUGGCGAUCGGGGAGAUCUUCUGCGUGACGACUGGGUCAGAGUUCUGCUAUUCGCAAGCCCCAAGGAGCAUGAAGUCUAUCGUGCAGGCAUUAUUUGUGGGAACGGCUUCGAUCAGCUAUGCAUUGGGCAUUGCGAUCUCGCCGGCUGCAAAAGAUCCUAAUAUGACUAUUUUCUACGGGUGUUUGACAGGUGUACAACUUGCUAUUACGGCUGGUUUUUGGUUGAUGUUUCGGAAGUUGGACAAGGAUAUUAUUGUUUGA